UCACUACUCAAUUACAAGUAAAAUUGAAGUUUACUAAUAUUAAUUCAAAUUGUACAUAAAUAAAAUCAACACAAUAUGCUGUACUUAGAGGACUACCUAGAGAUGAUUGAGCAUCUGCCGCAGGAGUUGCGCGACCGCUUCACAGAGAUGCGCGAACUGGAUUUGGCUGUGCAAAACAACAUGGACUCGCUGGAUAAGAAAUCGCGGCUGUUUUUUCAGCAGUGCAAGCGCGGUGAGCUGCAGCACGAGUCCAUGGACACUGAGUUCCAUUGCCUGCGGCGUGAGUAUUACAAGGUAAUGGAGGAUGCGGAUGAAAAAGUGGCCAUAGCAACGCAAAUACACGAGCUGGUUGAGCGUUAUUUGCGACGUCUUGAUAGCGAACUCUUCAAGUUUAAGUGCGAACUGGAGGCGGAUAACAAUGGCAUAACAGAAAUUUUAGAGAAACGCUCGCUGGAGCUUGACGGCAACAACUCCACAGCCGCAACCGCUCUGCUGCUAAGCAUUAACCAAAAGGAGCGUUACUAUAAUAGCGUUAGCAACAGCAGCAGCCUCAUUAACAGCGCUGCUGGCAUCAUUAGCAGCAGCAGCAGCGGCAGCAACAGUCUGCUGGGCAGCAACAACAGCAGCAAUGCUGUUCACCAUCAUCAUCACCACCACCACCAUCACCACCAACAGCAGCACCAACACCAGCGUCAACGCAAGCUGGAGAAGCGUCGUGAAACUAUUUGCACUGUGCCCGUGCAGGAGAAGCGCCCCAAUCUUAAUCAAUCACUGCCUGUUGUUACCAACAGCACCGCCACUAGCAACUUGCUUCCUGUCAAUCCCACUCAUCUGAGCAUCAGCAGCCAUAGUCAUGUCACGCUGCCGACAGUGCAAGUAACCAGUGCCACUGUUACUGGCACUGUGGUGCGGCAGCUGGGCACGAACUUGAGCGUGCUUGCUACCAACAGCGGCAGCAGCAACACUAACAGCAACACCAAUGUGACUGCUGUUGCUGUUGCUGCUGCCGCUCCCCACGUUAGCGUCAACGCUAGUCCCAAUCCCGGCCCCACCACUGUUACUUAUAAUCUACAGCAGCUGGGCAGCGGCACAUCUGCGUCCAGUGCCAUUGCUGCUGCUGCCAGUCAGGCUAUUGUCGCUACGCAGCAAAUGCCGCAAGGUCGACGCACGGCCAGCUUGAAGGCCAGCUAUGAAGCUAUACAUGGCGCAUCUGUUGCUGCUGCCACAGAAUUUUGGCCUACAACAGCAACGCAUACAGCUGGCAAUCAGUUGUCCACCACUACCUUGCCUACGCACAGCUCUCAUCAUCAUCAUCAUGUGCAGCAGACGCAUCACAGCACACCACAGCAUCAACACCAGCAACAACAGCAGCAGCAACAGCAACAACAACAACAUCAGCAUCACCAUCAUGCGCAUCACCAAGAGAAGAAGCAUAAAAAAAAAUUCACAACCAGCCUUAGCAUGCCAGGCGGCAUUGCUGUGCACACAAUUAACAUCGCUUCUUCUGCAAAUUCCGUUGCUUCCUCUACCUCCAGCAUGAGCAUUGACUCUGUGGAACUCUUGACCACGGCACCCACACACACUUCGCUGCAGCAACAGCACAGCAGCCCACACAUCAGUCAUCACACUCCGCUGGCAUUGAAUCCCACCACCGUGCAGCUGGCCACCAAUGCUGGAUCGACUUUGGCGACAGCCGUAACCGUGCCUCAUGUGAGCAAUGUGAGCGCCGUAGCUGCUGCCAUUGGUUUGCCCGCUUCGGCAUUGGCACCCGGAACUACUCUCGCGAUUGGCGAGAAUGGUUUAGUCGUGGAGCAACCUAACGAAGCUGAAUGGUCAUAUGAUCCGAAUGAACCACGCUAUUGCACUUGUAAUCAGGUCUCCUAUGGCGACAUGGUUGCCUGCGAUAAUGAUGCAUGUCCUUUCGAGUGGUUCCACUACCCUUGUGUGGGUAUAACGCAGCCACCGAAAGGCAAAUGGUACUGCCCCAAGUGCACCUCGAUGCGGCGACGGGGCAAUCGGAAAAACUGACUCAUGUCAUUCCGCUUUACAUAAGCGACAUUAUACUUGUAUAUAAACAUUUACCAAUAUUAAAUUAAUCAAUUACAUUUCAAUCUUCAAGCUGUUAUUAUCGAUCGAUAAUACGAGGCUUGUACAAAUACUAU